CGCGCGUCGCGCCGCGAGUGACGCGUGGCGCAGAAGGCGACGGGCUGCGCCUGUCACCGCCCCCGUCGGCUGGUUGCAGAGGAGGAGCCGGCGCCAUGGCGGUUCUGCUGGAGACCACUCUGGGCGACGUCGUCAUCGACCUGUACACCGAGGAGCGGCCGCGCGCCUGUUUGAAUUUCUUGAAGUUGUGCAAAAUAAAAUAUUAUAAUUAUUGCCUUAUUCACAAUGUACAGAGGGAUUUUAUCAUACAAACUGGUGAUCCUACAGGCACUGGUCGUGGAGGAGAGUCUAUUUUUGGUCAACUGUACGGUGAUCAAGCAAGCUUUUUUGAGGCGGAAAAAGUGCCAAGAAUUAAACACAAGAAGAAAGGCACUGUGUCCAUGGUGAACAAUGGCAGUGAUCAGCAUGGAUCUCAGUUUCUUAUUACUACAGGAGAAAAUCUGGAUUACCUUGAUGGUGUUCAUACAGUGUUUGGCGAGGUGACGGAAGGCAUGGACAUAGUUAAGAAAAUUAAUGAGACCUUUGUUGACAAGGACUUUGUACCAUAUCAAGAUAUCAGGAUAAAUCAUACAGUGAUUUUAGAUGAUCCAUUUGAUGACCCUCCUGAUUUAUUAAUUCCUGAUCGAUCACCAGAACCCACAAGGGAACAAUUAGAUAGUGGCCGAAUAGGAGCAGAUGAAGAAAUUGAUGAUUUUAAAGGAAGAUCAGCUGAAGAAGUAGAAGAAAUAAAGGCAGAAAAAGAAGCCAAAACUCAAGCUAUUCUUCUAGAGAUGGUGGGAGACCUACCUGAUGCAGAUAUUAAACCUCCAGAAAAUGUGCUCUUUGUUUGUAAAUUGAAUCCAGUGACCACAGAUGAGGAUCUGGAAAUAAUAUUCUCAAGAUUUGGGCCAAUAAGAAGUUGUGAGGUUAUCCGGGAUUGGAAGACAGGAGAGUCCCUCUGUUAUGCUUUUAUUGAAUUUGAAAAGGAAGAAGAUUGUGAGAAAGCGUUCUUUAAAAUGGACAAUGUACUUAUAGAUGACAGAAGAAUACACGUGGAUUUUAGCCAGUCUGUUGCAAAGGUUAAGUGGAAAGGAAAGGGUGGGAAAUACACUAAGAGUGAUUUCAAGGAGUAUGAAAAGGAACAGGAUAAACGCUCUAAUUUGGUCCUGAAAGAUAAAGUAAAACCCAAACAGGAUGCAAAAUACGAUCUAAUCCUAGAUGAGGAGGCAGAAGACUCAAAGUCCAGUCACUCACACACCAGUAAAAAACACAAGAAGAAAACCCGACACUGCUCUGAAGAGAAGGAAGAUGAGGACUACAUGCCGGUCAAAAAUACUAACCAGGAUAUCUACAGGGAGAUGGGGUUUGGUCACUAUGAAGAAGAAGAAAGCUGUUGGGAGAAACAAAAGAAUGAAAAGAGAGACCGACCUCAGAACCGAAGUCGCAGCCGAUCUCGAGAAAGGGAUGGCGACUAUAGCAAUAGUCACAAGUCCAAGUACCACACUGACUCUUACGAAAGAGAGAGGGGUAAGAGGAGAGGCCGGAGCAGAAGUCCAAAGAAAUCUAAAGAAAAAUCUAAGUACAGAUGAAAGCAUGAGUGGGCGCCGUAGAGUGCCAGAAAAGCAGAUGUUCAGAUUGUGUUAGAGCAGUUAUAGACUCCACUUGUCAUUAAUACUGAUUCCACAGGGCAAUGGGCAAUGAGAGUAACAAAUUGGCUGUUGUUUUUUUACAUUAAUUUUAUUGCUAUACAUAAAUGUCCAUCUUCAUUUUUAAAGUUCUUCACCGUUUUCAGUCUUUUUUAAAAUUAAGUAUUUCAAACUACAGAAAUACACAGCCAUGUAUAUAUGAGGCAUAAGGAAUAAUAAAUGUAAAUAUCUGUGUAGCCAUCAGCCAGCUUAAGAAAUGAACCAACACCUACAUUUUAGAAGUCCUCUGUGUGGCCUCCCUCCUCAGUAAUUGUUACUCUGAGUUUUGUCAGUCUUGCUAGUUGUUAUAGUUUCACAAUGUAUGUUUGUAUCCCUAAAUGUAAUGUUAAUUUUUGUAUGUUUUUGAAUUUUAUAUAAAUGGCUUAAUGUAUAUUUAUUCCUGUGAAUUUCUUUUUGCGAUUUAGUAUUUUUAGAAACUCAUUUUUGCUGCAUAGUGAAUGAAUUUACCACAACUUAUACAUUCUGUUGAUGGACAUUUGGGUUCUGUUUGUUUUUGUGUUUGCUGUUGCAAACAAUGCUGCUAUGAACAUUAUCUGGGAGUGAUACUACCGUCUCGGUCUUUACCAGACAAUGCCACAUUCUGUUUCAAAGUGACUAUCUGGUUUUAGCCCUACCAGCACAUAAGCAUUCCUUUUGUUGCCCAUCAUUUGUAAUACUUAUUAAUUUCAAAUUUCAACAAUUUUGCCAUUUAGUGGAUGUUGAGAUAUUUUAUUGUGAUUUAAGGUUUUGUCACUGGUUUUAAGCAAUUUGAUUAUGAUGUGCUCAGUGUUUCUUCUUCUGUAUCUGUUUACUUAUGGAUUUAUGGUUUAUCAUCAAAUGUAGAAAAAAAUAGCAGAUUUCUGCAGUUAUGUUUUUCUGUCUCUUUGCUACCUCUCACUCUUCUGGGGUUCAAUCACUGUUAGGUCACUUGACAUCUCAUAGCAGUUGAUACUGUGUUCAAUUUUGUUGUCUUUGUCCUGUCUCUGUUUUCAUUGCUGUGUCAAAUUCAUUAAUUUUUUUUUCUGAAGUACCU